AUGACGUCAUAUUCAAACCCUGUCGAGUUGCAGAUGACGGAUCCUGCAAGGGAAGGUUAUCGAGAGUUUGAGAAUGAAAUCGAUCCGGAAACUGUAUCACAGGCUCUCCCAAGAAGGCCGGUAGAGGACACAUCGCUCUUCCAGGAGCGUGCUGCUUCCCAAAACUCACUAACAUCCGAACAAGCUUUCGUGCACAUGGUGAAAGCUAUGCUCGGUACUGGAUUGCUCUCACUUCCUCUCGCAUUCAAACAUUCUGGAUUGUUCCUUGGAUUAAUUUUAACAGUACUCAUUUGCCUUAUUUGUCUCUACUGCAUGCGGCAAGUCGUAUUCGCUGCACACUUCGUUUGCAACAGAAAUGGUCGUGACUUGAUUGAUUAUGCAAACAUUAUGCGAGGUGCCGUAGAGAUGGGCCCUACAUGGAUCCGACAUAAAGGAUACUUCUUCAAGCAAUUGGUAAACGUCAACAUGUUCGUCUCCCAACUCGGCUUCUGUUGUGUGUAUUUUGUUUUCAUGGCUGACAAUUUGGAAGAUUUUUUCAACGCCAACACCUCCAUCCACUUCUCAAAAGCCAUAUGGAUGCUUCUGCUUCUGAUCCCGAUGCUUUCAAUCUGUUCUAUUAGAAGGUUGUCACUUCUGGCACCGUUUGCUAUGGCUGCCAACGUCGUGUACAUAUGUGCUGUUGCCAUCGUUCUCUUCUAUUUUGUAUCAGAUCUGCGCCCCGUCAACUCUUUACCAUGGUUUGGUCGGUUCUCGGAUCUACCUCUAUUCUUCGGUACCGUUAUGUUCGCAUUUGAGGGAGUUGCUGUGAUAAUGCCUAUCGAGAAUCGGAUGCGAAAUCCACACUCAUUUAUUGCUUGGAAUGGCGUUCUUAACUCAAGCUGCCUUGUCGUUCUAGCGAUUUUCUCUGUGACUGGAUUCUAUGGAUACCUUUCCCUUGGAGACGAAGUGAAGGAUACAGCUACUCUCAAUCUUCCAAUGACACCGUUCUACCAGACGAUCAAGCUUAUGUUCGUUGCUUGUAUUAUGAUUUCCUACCCGUUACAAUUCUACGUCCCAAUGGAACGAGUAGAAAAAUGGAUCACUAGAAAAAUUCCUGUGGACAAACAGACGCUGUACAUUUAUACCACCAGAUACAUGGGUGUUCUUGUCACCUGCGCUGUCGCUGAGCUUAUACCGCAUCUGGCGCUUUUCAUCUCGUUGAUUGGUGCGUUUUCUGGAGCAUCGAUGGCACUACUCUUUCCUCCUUGUAUUGAAUUGCUAACUCGUUACGCGAAAGGAGAACUUACAUCAUCGGUGUGGACGAAAAACAUCUUUCUUCUCUGUUUUGCCUUGCUUGGUUUCACUACAGGCACAUAUGCUGCUUUAUCAGAGAUUUUCAAGAAGUUUGCAGAGUAA